CUCGUUAAACAAACCCUGUACAGGUGCCCUACAGCUCCAGUUACAGGACGUAUUACAGAAUCCGAGAGGUUUUACAUGACACUCUCUGUGUGGUUUUCUGCUCGAGCGACCUCUCCUUUAUGAGUUGUAUUUGUGGGUACAUAUAGUGUUCUAACCUACUUUAAGUUAUUACACUCACGGAGUAAUGUAAUAUUUUCAAUAGCUAUCUUCACCCCUCAAGCGUGAUUAAAAACUUUACUGUCACAAAGAACUAUGUUUCAGGUGUGUAAAAUUAGAACAGGUUGUUGCACCCGGCGUUCAAACAUGGCUACCGCCAAUACAGAACGGGCGAUAGAUAUUGCCCUGGUGCUGUUUCUCUUCAGUCCUCUUGUCAUCUGCUACUGGAGCAGCACAUGGACUAUCCUUGACCUUUAUCUGUUUCCUAGCAACCAGAUCACGUCAGGAUGGGUUUCUGUGUGUGUCAGUAUUUCCAUAAUGGGAAUGACUUUUCUUGUGCAGUCUCGCCUUAAUGGUUAUAUAAGACCAGAACAGCCGGUCAGGUAUGUGAUAGUGACUCGGAUAUACACGUAUGUCACAGCGUUUGCUUUUGUGAAUAACUGGCGGGGUUUAUGGAUGUUGAUGGAUACGUAUAGUGGCGUUACGUUGACAGGCGCGUGUUGGAAUCUGUUUGGUGGCGUGACGGGUCUGGUGCUGUUGCGAGCCUACAGGAACGUGCUCGCCCCGCCGGGUGCUUGGAGUCUGGAUGUCAAUACAGAAACACACUUCACAGUCCUCACUCUCUUCCGAUCUAAGAGAGGCGGCAUCUUCAACGUCAUCGACGUUGUCUUUUGCGUGACGGUAGUGUCGACGUUCGUUUUACUAGUGUGGCGGGGGAAGUGGCUACUUCUACAGCUAUCCCUCGCUCUCGUCCUCAGCAACAAUCUCUGGCAAGCAGUGAUCACUACAGCCGCUGCCCAUGUGCUCCAACUAGUCCUCUAUAUUACACAGUUUCCCGCCAGAAAACUCUCCGCAUAUCUUCACACAGAACGUCCAAUCUUACAAGUUGUUUUCGACAAUGUUUGGGUUUUCAUCACGUGCUACUCGUCUGUCAUGUACUGGCAAGGAAUGUGGACCUUAGCACGGUUAUUAUUAGAGGGGUCGCCACCGGAUUUGACCCAAUGGUUGAUCCAUAUAAUUGCAUUCGGUGGUUUGAUGGUGCUCCGUUUGAGUACAACGCUUCAGUUUCCCGGGUACUUCAUCGACGGGGAGUUUCCUCAAGGGCUUGUCCUCACUCCACCAUAUGUAUCAACCUUCUUGAUGACGCCCUCAUACAGCUUGAAGAACUCUACGGAAACCUUCCAUGGGAUGAGUGUGACGACGAUCAGUACCGAGAUACCAUCACCUGACAACGCCACUGGAGAUAUUCUUGAGUCCACUCAUAUGUAAAACUUAUCAGCAUUUACAAAACCCAUACCCCAAAACGACAAUCUGCAGCGCAUGCGCUAAUCAUUAUGGGAUACCAUUUGAAGGUAAAUCCCUUGGCCAUACUUGCAUUUAACGUUAGUGGUCAGAUGGAAUUAUAUUUACUCGGAACAUGGCUUUUAAGGUCUUAUUAUGCCAAUAACUAGUGGAACAUAAUAACAU